GAGACCUACGCAAAGUGCAGGGCAGAUAUCCGAGCGCGGCAGCCGCCUCCGAUGGACUUGAAACCGGAGACCUACGAGGAGCUGCCGUACUCGGCGCUGAGCACAUUGGACAAGACCGUGAACGAGGUGUGGCUAUUUCAUGGAACCAGUGAGGAAGCUGCGCGGGCCAUUUGCUCCAGCCACUUCCGGCUGCCCGAACGCGCUUCUCAUGGUUCUCUCUUCGGCAAGGGGGUGUACUUUGCAGAUCGGGCCAUCAAAAGCCACGAGUACACUGUCAAGAACAAGAGCGGUUGCCGAGUCAUCAUGUUGUGCCGGGUUGUUCUCGGGCAAAUCCUGGAGCUUCCAAGAAAGGACCCGAAAGCGCACGAACGUGUGAUUGGGACUGACUUCACUUCGGUGAUGGGUUGCGCGGACGGCGCAAACAGGGAGUUCAUUGUCUUUGACGUAUCACAGGUCUAUCCUGAGUACGUGAUGUUCUACUGCGCUGAAGGGGGCGAGCCUCCAGACUGUGCUAUCCAAUGA